CACUAUAGCCCCCAACCCCAGCCUCUCUCCCAGUCCCAUCUCGUCUUCUCCGCUGCCACCGCCUCCUCCUCCACCACCACUGGUGACGGGACAAGAAACCGCAAGGAACCAAACGCCUUUCCGCUCCGCCGCUAACCGCCGCCCACUAGUACCAGUCGAGGGGUGUGUUUUGUCCUCUUCGCCAGGGCCUGUGAACCGGGGGGAUCGAUGGGCGCCGAGGCGGAGUGCGAUCGGAUCAGGGGCCCCUGGAGUCCCGAGGAGGACGACGCUCUGCGGCGGCUCGUGGAGCGGCACGGCGCGCGCAACUGGACGGCGAUCGGGCGCGAGAUCCCCGGCCGGUCGGGGAAGUCGUGCCGCCUGCGGUGGUGCAACCAGCUGUCGCCGCAGGUGGAGCGCCGGCCCUUCACGGCGGAGGAGGACGCCGCCAUCGUCCGCGCCCACGCGCGGCUCGGCAACCGCUGGGCGGCCAUCGCGCGCCUGCUCCCCGGCCGCACCGACAACGCCGUCAAGAACCACUGGAACUGCUCCCUCAAGCGCAAGCUCGCCGCCGCUGCCUCCGGCGCCGGCGCGGUCCCGGACGCCGCCGAGGUCGAGGCGAGGCCCUGCAAGCGCCUGAGCCUGUCGCCGGACAGCCCGUCGUCGGGCUCCGACCGCAGCGACCUCAGCCACGGCGCCGGGUCCGGCUCCGGUUCCGGGUCCGGGCAGGUCUACCGCCCCGUGCCGCGGUCCGGCGGGUUCGAGCCGGCGGACUGCGCGAUGAGCCGGCCCGCCGAGGACGACGAUCCGCUGACCUCCCUCUCCCUCUCGCUCCCCGGCACGGACCAGCGCUUCCACCACGACCGCGCCCACAGCCAGUUCCAGGAGCUCCCGGCGUCCCCGCCGCCGCCCUCGCCGUCCCCUCCCCCGCCACCGCCCGCUCCGUCCGCGUACCCGUUCAGCCCGGACUUCAUGGCGGCGAUGCAGGAGCUGAUCCGCGCUGAGGUGCAGCGGUACAUGGCGGGCGCGGGCGUCCGCGCCGGGUGCGGCCCCGCGGGCGGCGCCGAGCUCUGCAUGCCGCAGCUGGUGGAGGGCGUCAUGCGCGCCGCCGCGGAGCGCGUCGGCGCCGUCGGGCGGAUCCAGUAGGCCGGAUCGAUCGAUCGAUCAGUCUGGGAGGAACGCAAUCGCGUAGUAGCAAAGAAGAAACUGUCUCGGGUUUUUUAAUUUUAUUUUCCCGAACUGCUGUGGAAUCGAAACGGCAGCCAGGAACCGAGGAGAAAAAUGGGGGAGUGGGGUGAGAUGCAAGGCUGAGCAAAGCUCGAGCUGUAUGUAUGGGCAUGGCCGUACGGCGGCGCUGCCUCCUCUGUACAGGAAAGGAAGACGAAAUGGAUCGCCGCAAAUUCUGAACUCGCCA